ACUCAUCGCUCGGUCAAGCCCGACUUUUUUUCGUUGACCAUUAUUUUAUCGCAAAGUCCAAAAUAAAAUUGCGGUGGUAUGGCUGCGUUGUCACGGUUAGUUACUGGUAUGCUAUAUCGAUUUUAGGCCUUUUAUCGGUUUUUAUUACACAACGGUCUUUGUUACCAGAACCUACCCAUUCCUCCUGAGAGUUAUACCAUUUACCAUGUAGACAUGCCUUCCAAUCGAUAGGUCGAUAGUUGUUGGCAUGAAUAAGCGCUGCUAUGUACAGCGUAUUCUUCUGCUAACACUGCACCGACAAAAGACAACGUAAAGUAUUAUCUAUUGGAGUUGAUGUGCAAUAUAGGCCUACAUUGAGGAUCCUCAGCCUACCGUAUGAUGCCUAAGAUGAACAACAUGACGUCAUCUGAACUUGUAACUACCGAAGAUCAGCACCCUGCAUGCCAACAGAAACCAGCUCAUUGCGGAUGCAAACUGCAUCAUGUCUACGUGGCCUUUCUUAUUAUUGGAAAUGCGACCUUUUAUUACGUUAUAGUUAAGCCAAAUAUGAUUGAACCAGAAACCAAGUUGGAGCCACACUUCGGCCCUUCAGUCGCAGUGAUGCAUCAUAGCCUUCCAUCUCAGUUGUCCGCUGCUCGUUCUGUGAUUAACACGUCUUUACCAUCGCUUGAAAGUCAGCAUGUAUAUUCAGCUACAGAGAGAUCACAGCUUGUCCUCAUCUCCCAGAAAAGGUCCGGCUCAUCUUUCGUUGGAGAAAUCUUUAACCAAAACCCAAACGUCUUCUAUAUGUUAGAGCCACUUAAAUCUUUGACCACAUUAUUUAAAAAAGACAAGAAUUUGUUCAACAAAGCUGUACAAGAUGUUCUGAAUGCAACACUGCAUUGUGACUUGCACCAUAUCCCCGUUGCUGGAUGGUUCAUUGAGAGAUCAUCUUCAAGCACAUGUAGCAACGGUAGGGAAGAUGCCGUAGCUUAUAAACUGACAUGCAAGAAAUCUAAGAAUAGAUACAGUGAUCAACAGUUUUUGAAGGUAUCAUCAGAAUUAUGCAGAGGCAGAAAACACGUAGCACUCAAAACUAUCCGCGUUAACGAUUUAGCCCAAUUGAAAACAUUCUUGAUGUUAAGAACGUUGAACGUGAAGGUGCUUCAUCUAGUGCGAGAUCCAAGGGGUGUUAUGAACUCAAGACACCUUGUGGGGGAAGAAAAUGGGGAUUUUAUACGUCGGAAAGGUAUCCAUGGUGACGAAACACUGGACCUCUGCCAGCAUAUGAAACGCAACGUUGCAUUUGCUCAUCAAGGCCCUGAUUGGUUUAAAGACAACUACAUGCUCGUGCGCUAUGAAGAUAUUGCGGAACAACCGUACAAAAUCACGAAUGAAAUAUAUCGGUUUCUGGGUUGGGAAGUGUCCAAAGAAAUCACGAACUGGCUGGAAGCAAACACUAACCACAAUGCUGGAGAUGCAUUUUCAAGGACUCGAGAUUCAAAAACUACUGCACAGGCUUGGCGAACACGAAUGUCUUACUAUGAUGUUUCCCGAAUUCAGAGUAAAUGUAAAGACAUUAUGGAAAAACUUGGGUAUAUCAAAUUUACAUCCCUAAAAAAACUAAGAGAUUUUUCAGUUUCCAGCACCAGACCAAUCGUUUUUGAAUCUUAAAACACACAAUU